AUGCCGCCUAGCAGUCGAUCCUUGCCCACCAGUGGCAGUGGGGCUGGAGGGAACAACCGCAAGCCACAACAGCCGCAGUUACAUCAGCAACUGAUGCAGGUGACGCUCGAAAGUGGUAUCAUAGGGAAGUCCGGUCUGAAAGUGGAGUCCAUGGAUGUUACCAAAACAGCGAUACUGCUGGCGGACGGAGAGGCAAUUUCCACAGACGUGAUCAAUGCUGCAGACAGUCUCCACUCGGUGGUCAGGUCUCACAUCCUUGAUAGCAAAAAAUCCUUCCCACAGCGUUCAACUGGCCAGAGCGCGAUUAGAUUCAUGCUGCCCGAAGCCGUUACGCAGAGGGACAGUAUCCUGUCCACUGCUGUUAGCGAUGAUGUACUCAUGCUCUCAUGGAAAGGCAAUGACAAACGCGUUCUCGUUCCAGUAGACUAUGACAACUAG